CCAACGCUAAAACGCGAUCAACAACCCCCACCAAAAACGCCUAUAUCGCCUUUUAUUUCUUUGAUCUUCGUCUGGAUACGGGGCAUUUUUUCUUGUAAUCGAUUUUUGACCGCCUUAUCGAGAGGAGAUCCACCUACCAGUCCAACCCACAACCACCACAACACUAGGGUUUUUUUCUCGAACUAAACAACAACUAGACCCACCAGCAUGCCUCGCACGCGCAACGUAUCGCGCAGUCAGUGGGAUGCUGCCAACGCCAUGCACAACGCACGCGGCAGAGAGAACGGCGGGCACGACGACAGCGAGAAGGAGAACACCACCGGGCGUGUCACCCGCUCAAGGGCUCGGGGAUCUACAGCCAACCCCACCACCACCACUACAGGGCGAACGGUUCUCGGAUCUCUGAGCACCACCCGCCCCAGCGCAUCUACGGGACCUUCCAAAACCCAGACCAGGGGAAAGGGUAAACCACCGUCGAAGGGGACCAAGACCAAAACGGAGAAGCUCCCGCUCCAGGAUAUCACCUCCCGCUACCUCCCAGCUCCAGAAUCUGAGAACAGGGGUCACGCACAGCCUAGCGGGUUCGGCGAGCCUGAGAACCUGAACAUCUCAAUGGCGGGUCUGUCGACGUUCUCGUGGACGGGGGCAGCAGACGAGGUUGGGCCUUCUCGACGGACCAGAAGUACCAGGAACACCAAUCGGAAUCCCUACCCCUCCUCUCUGCCACCUUCCUCCCCCCCAUCGGUAUCUUCCAACCACAACGCCGGCCCUUCCCACUCCCAAUCCAACCACCCUCAUCACAGCCUCCCGGUGUUAUCUCGCUCGCCUUCUCCAUUCUUGGAUAACGUGUCGAGAAGACUAUUCGGACCAGCCGAUACAAUCGCAGAAGAAGGACAAGAAGAAGAACGACACCAGGGAGGGCAAGAGCAUCGUCAUGUCUACGACGCAUGGCAAGACUUUGAUUUUGUCGUUCCCGAAAGCGAGCUCUGUGGUGCUCGUGCGGGUUCUUCGAAGGCACAAGUGUCGCCUACGAAUUCCGACCCUUUCGGGUUCUUUGCCUUGGAGCGCAAGUUGAAGGAGGGGAGGGAGAAAGAUGAGGAUGAAGAGGUCGAAGGUGUGGUGUUGGUGAAGGAGACUUCUCCGUUUGCUGCCCCUCAAGCCCGACCUUCCUCGCCAGGUCUCGAAUACACCGACCCACCGGAAGACCCGUACGACGACCAUCACGAAAACGACAACGAACAUGCCUCCACAUUCAACCACCCUCUUCUCGCCCAUUCAGAAUCGUUCUUCCUUCCACCAACGCCUCCCACUCCACAGAAGAAGCGGGACAGGAGACGGUCAUCUCGACAUGGAUUUGAAUUCAACUUGCAGGAAGAAGAUGAAAUCUUCAACCCGCGCCCUUCUUCGUGUCCGAGUAGUCCGUCACCUUCAAAACGGUCCUCGGUUAAACGAAAGGCAGUGGCGGUGGAUUCUGAUGCCUUCAAUGACGAGGUGGAUGCCGAGGCUGAUUCGACGCCUCAGGCACAGAGGCAGAGGAGGCCGGUGAGGAAGCAGGCGAGAACCGAGCAGAAGGAGGAGGAGAAGGGUGAUGAUGGUGUAGGUGACGAUGAUGGUCGUGGCAGGGAAGGAGAGCGUGUGUUGCGGCGGUCGAAGAGGGGCAGAACGUCCAUUAAGCGAGGGGAGGAUGGAGAGGGGCGUGAUAAUGAAGUCGGGAGUAGCCGUCGAUCGCGUUCGAGGAAUGCGACCAAGUCCGAGUCUAACGCGAACACGAGGACACGUUCCAGUGCUAGAAAGUCGACGCGAUCUCAGGCUGCGCCUGUCAAAGAGAAGAAGACGAGAUCGAGAAAGGCUGCGGCUAUUCUGCCUUCGGAUGAUUCUGAUGCUGAAGCUAAACGGGAGCGAGAGCGACAGGCUCGAUUGGAAUACUUCCGCAAGCUUGAUGAGUAUGAAGUUGAGACGGAGAAUGUGUAUGUGAUUUGA